UACAUUCUGCAGUUUCGUUGUAAAAUACAGCUGAUACCAUUGCUGAUACCUACUACUAUAACUCUGAGGAAUAAAAUAUUAUUAAAUCUUCGUAGAUAAUUUUAUCAGUGAACUAUUGAUAAGGACCAGACAGUCACUAUACCACACAUUGUAACCGCAGAAAACUAAAGAUAAUGGAACUUGGACCAGAGCAUCCGAGGAAUCUCAUACCGGAGCUGUGCAAACAGUUCUACCAUCUGGGAUGGGUCACAGGAACCGGCGGAGGAAUCUCCAUAAAGGAGGGGGACAAAAUAUACAUAGCUCCGUCCGGUGUACAGAAGGAGAGGAUGAAGGCGGAUGACCUGUUUGUGCAGACAAUCAAUGAUGAGGACUUAGAAUUACCACCACCAGAGAAACGGCUAAAGAAGAGUCAGUGCACGCCCCUAUUCAUGCUGGCGUACCGCGAGCGCGGGGCUGGAUCGGUUAUACACACACACUCGCCGCACGCGGUGCGUUGCACGCUGCUGUGGGGAGACGAGUUUGUUAUCACGCACCAGGAGAUGAUCAAGGGCAUAAAAGACGCCACCCUCAACCGUUAUCUACGCUACGACGAAAAGCUAGUAGUGCCCAUUAUAGAGAACACGCCAUUUGAGCGAGAUCUAGCGGGGAGUUUGGCGGAGGUCUUGCGCAGAUAUCCCGGGACUAGCGCAGUGCUGGUGCGGCGACAUGGUGUGUACGUGUGGGGGGAUAGCUGGCAGCAGGCUAAGACUAUGACGGAGUGCUACGACUACUUAUUCGAGAUGGCCGUCGAAAUGAAAAAGCUGGGUUUGGACCCCGCACACAACCCUGAAACACAAAAUGGAAAGAGUUCUUAAAAUAUAACCAAAUCAUUUGUUUUUCACCCCAAAACACAGGGUAUUGUGUGCCUUAAUAGCCCUGGCUUCGGCCCUUGGCGAGGAGGGUUACCCGACCACCGGCGCCAAGACGGAGAAGGAACACCCCACCAACAACUACCAAUACAAAUACGGCAUCAGCGAGGGUGAGAAGAGCCUCCUCCUCGACCUGGCCCUCGAUGGAGACUCCGACGACCUGAACAAAGCCUUCUUCGAGUACACCAACUCCAGAGACCAGGUCUACAGAACUGACUACAUCGCCGACGCCUCCCACCCCGAACACGUUUUGUAAAUAUAUGACUAAUUAGCG